AGCAGGAAUGAAGCCGUACCAUUACUACUGUUUCUCAUCCACCAGACACAAGCUACCACAUCAGCACCAUCAUCUUCAUUCCAGUGCACUUGGAUCCCGGCAGGACCACUUUCAGUCGAACAGCCACCCAGAAACACUGAUCUGCUGAUAAUCGACGCUAUGACAGCUUCCCAGUCGGGAACCCGGGAGCCCUGGACGUCCCCUCCGCUUGUGCGCCCAUCCACCAGCAUCCCAGUCACGAAGGCUAAAACACACAGCUCAUUCGCCGGCUGCCAUGGGAUGAGCGUAAUCACAACGCCCGCCAUCGCCACUGCAGUCGCGCCGCUCGGCCACGGCAUCGACCCAGCUCGGGCGUCGUUGCAGAAUAAGCGACUGCCCAGGACGGAGCCGAGGGAUCCCGCACCGUAUGUGGGGUGGAUUUCCCUGGAAAGGGCAAAGGGCGUUGUGACAACUGCCGACAUCUCCAAGGGAGAAGCUGCUGUCCGCGAGCAGCCGGUGCUGGUCGAGAUGAUGGUGCGGCCCAAGUACCUAAGUCUCAAGGACCAGAGCAAACUGUUCGAGCGGGCUUGGGCGUGGCUUUCUCCGUCGGAACGGGUCGCCGUCAUGGGGUUGUCGCACCAUUCCCGUGGGCAUGUGCUGCAUGGAAUCAUGGGCUCGAAUACGUUUGGCAUGACACUGAGAGACACACCACUGAACGUGCUCUCCCGCAACUGGCGCCAAGUGCUUCUGGGCUGGGGCUUCAACUGCACCUGUCAGCUGUGCAACGCGCCCUCCCCUGAGGCCAACAGGCAGCAGAUACAGCUCAAGCUGGAUGAGGUCGACGAAAUCCGGCAGGACACGCACGGUGGCGGCAGGGAUGCUGCGGAGCGCGUGAUGAAGAAGACGUUUGCACUCAUGAAUGAUGAGGGUAUGAAAGCGUAG